AGGGACAUUGAGCACAAGAGAAACGAGUGUGCAUGCAUGUCAAGCUUUACCGUUGCUAGCUAGUAGGUGCAUCCGCUGGCAAGCAACCGUACGGUAGCACGAGUCGAGUCAAGUCAAGUCACCACCACAAUCAGUUGCAUCGUUUGCAUGCUUGCUUGCCCGUGGCACUCGUCGGAAUUCUUGUCUGAAGCAAAGGAAAACUCUGAAAAGAUAAUAUUAUUGACGGUCCAGUCAUCAAGCCUCGGAUCCAUGAUUUUUCCCAUUUUGACCAUGUUCUCGAGGAGCUAGAGGCCUCCCCAAUCUGGAUUCCGGACUGAAGCAUCGGUACGGUACAGCGUAGCCUCGCGGCGAUUGAGCGUCCCAUCCAGGGUGGACGUGGCCCUACAAUCUGAAGCCCUGUGGCGUUUGAGCAUUUGUAAAGGCACCGCGGCCAUUGAGCGGCCCAGCGGCCCAUGCUUAUCAAUUCAACCUACGUCGUACCCCCUACUAUUAAUAGCAGAGUUGCCAGACAUUUACGACCUUCCAAAGAAUAUGGAAGAUACUGGAAAAUGGACGUUUGAUUGGAAUUGGACUGGCAACAAUCCUUUGGAAAGCACCUCCUAUAAACCAGUUUCUGACUUUCUCAGUGGGCUUGACCUGAUAGCUGAAGAUGUGUCAGGAGGGCAAAAUUGUAUCAAUGGACGUUUGUACUAUUCAGAGAUCUACACUCCGCGACAAGAGGAUCCAUUUAAAGUCAAAGGACAAAAGGUCUUCCUGCUUCAUCGGGUGCAAGGCAGAACAGACAUUGCAGUUCUUACCCAGAAUCGCAAUUGGGGACAAAUUAUGAAGCACAUGGUGAGCUUUGCCAUUGAAAUAAAAACUAACAAGGCAAUGGCAAAUUCACAUGAUGGAUGCAUGUUGGAAGCUCAGCUUCAGUUGAUUGGGCUCAAUGCAUUCAAUACACUGAGGUCUCCCCCGGUGGUGCUAACGAAUCUAGCAAGCACUCAUAAGGUCCUUUACCUUGAAUACAAGGAAGGUACCGAAUGGGGGUAUAUUAUCAAAUCCCAGAAAUGCCAGACAUUUCCUGCGGCUAUUCACCUUGCAAUGAAAAAAGCUGCUAUGAAAGGCAUAUCAGCAGAGUUUUCGCGUCCAAUGACACCACCAUCUGUGUGAACGCUGCUUGGUUUGUGCUUGUUUGGUUUGGUAACUUCCACAGUGUCACCAUCCGAAGACUCCCUCCGCUCCGAAAAUCCUGUAGCGCAGACGUUUCCAAAGCCAUGGGAAAGAUUUGGCUCGCAAGUCCAUCCUGUCUCAUAACAUGUCAGGCAUCCUGCAAAUACUGCUGCACCUCCUCUAAACUCAUAGGAACUCCAUUCCAAAUAAUAGAAAUCUCGUCAGUCAUUGUCA